AUGUGGCGGAGUAAGUGGGGACUGGAGGAGCAUCUCGCCUCGGUGAGGCCGAGAGAGCUGGGACGGCUCAGCCUGGAGACGAGAAGGCUCAGGGCGUUCUCCUCAAUGCCGACAAAUUGUGAUGGUCCUUUUCAAGCAACUCAGCUGUGGAAUAGUAUUAUUCAUGCUCUUCACAGUCAGGUGGAAAUCAAAAGACGUAGACAACAUCUGAAAACAUACAAAAACUGUUUCACUGGCUCAAAUGCUGUUGAUGUGGUACUGAGCCAUCUUAUGCAAAGCAUGUACCUAAGCUGUAAUGAUAUUUCUCGGCUGAAGGGAGUCCGUGUAUGCCAAGCGUUGAUGGAUCACAAGGUUUUUGAGCCAGUUGGAGCAAAGUUUUCCUUAUUCAAGAAUGAGAAAGACACAGAGUUUGAAGACACAAACGCUAGUCUCUAUAAAUUUGUAAAUAGCGGUCUUACUCCGCUUCUUCCGAGAAAGAAUAAAGACAAUGAGAGCUUGUCUCCUGAGCAAAUCCGCAAACAGAAGACAAAAAGGCAUUCCAACAGAACAAAAUGUGAAACGCUUUCAAACCCUGUAGCAUUAGAAGCAGACAAUAAAAAGAGGGUAGAGGAGCUUCUUCGAUCAAUAAGUGUUCACACAUCUUUACCUCCAAAGAUCAUGGUUAAUGAACCAACUCAUCUGCUUUCAAAAAGAGUAAUAGAAGAUGUCUGGAAACAGCAAACUCUGCUACGACUGCUGCAGUUAAUUGAUGUUCCUCUUCUAGAAGGUAUCUUGGUGUCUUCAGUGAACAGAAAAACAGACUCGUUUGGCAAAGAAGAUGACCUGAUUAUCUCAAAUACUUUCCUGGAAAGAGAGGUUACAUGUAGCUUAAACUUGCCUGAGCUUGACAAAUGGCUCUAUGCUGCAAUUGAAUGCUUGGAGUAUUUCCCAGACCAGUUCAUAGUGAUGGUUAGUCAGCAGUUGCAUCAAAGCACUAACAAACCGAACAGUUUGAAUGCAUACAAGAAGAUUCUUUUUGACAUCAUAAUAAAGUAUUAUAGUCAAAAGAAGGACUCCCUUCUUGCCACUCAGGAUCUCGAUAUUCAUUCAGGAAUUAUAGAACUUGUAGAAAAGAGAAAAACAGUUCAAGCUCUAGAGGCAUCACAACUUUAUUUAAAAUUAUUAGCACCAAAUAUCCGAGAAGAACUACAUAGACUCCUGACAUUCAUAGCCAUUGCAUCAGAAUCUGAGGGCUACAAAUUACAAAAACAAUUUGAGAACAGAUCAGUGAUCAUCAAGACUUGCACAAAGUUCAUCUUGCAAAAUAAGACAUUGUCAAAAUCACAGGCAGAACUGCUGACUCAGUUUCUGAUGGACAACCACACUGAGCUCUUCAAGACUCCUUUAACUCUUCUGGAACUAACUAGUAAGAGACUUGAGAGUUUGCUAGAAGGACAAGAUCCAGAUAUCAAUUCAGGCUUCACCUUCUGUCAGCAUGUGACAAUUAAAGAAUAUGAAGAUCAAAAACAACAAACAAAUGAGUAUCUUCUUGCAUUGGUUCAGGAGAUGGACAAUGACCCUACUAUUCCUUUGAAGCAGAAGAAGAAAUUAAUUAAAGAAUUCCAAAAAUACCAUUCUCUCAUCUAUUGUAGUGGUUGUAAAACUACAUGUGAGUUUUGUACUCUAAAUGGUUAG